GCGGGCUAGCGGGCCGCGGUGAGUGAGGAGGCGGCGGCCGAGGACGAGGAAGAGGCAGCGGGGGUGCGGCUGCCGAGGGGAGCUCCUCCUCCGUCCCCUCACCCGCUCAGCUCAGCUCCUCGAGCGCCGGGCGGGGCGGGGGUACGUGGAUCGGUGCAGGGCGGGGGAGCUGCUCCGAGUCGGGUCGGAGCGCACCCCGGCUCCGAGCGCACGCCACUCGCAGGAACUUUGUGGCGGCGCCGCAGGUGUGGGGCCCGCGGAGGUGUGCAUGUGGGGCGCGAGGGCGUCGCAGAGAGCGGCCGUUGCUGUGUCCGGCCCCCGCUGCAGUAGCCCGGAGGAAGUCAGCAAGGAGAAAGGUGUGUGCCGUCUUCCCGAUUCUAGAGAAAAAUGCCGGUCCGGAAACAAGAUACCCAGAGAGCGUUGCACCUUUUAGAAGAAUAUCGUUCGAAAUUAAGCCAAACUGAAGACAGACAGCUCAGAAGUUCCAUAGAACGGGUUAUUAACAUAUUUCAGAGCAAUCUGUUUCAGGCUCUAAUAGAUAUUCAAGAAUUUUAUGAAGUGACCUUACUGGAUAAUCCAAAAUGUAUAGAUCGUUCAAAGCAGUCUGAACCAAUUCGGCCUGUGAAUACUUGGGAAAUUUCCAGCCUUCCAAGCACUACUGUGACUUCAGAAACACUGCCAAGCAGCCUUAGCCCUAUUGUAGAGAAAUACCGGUAUCAAGAUGAAGAUACACCUCUCCAAGAGCACAUUUCCCCACAAAUCACCAAUGAGGUGAUAGGUCCAGAAUUGGUUCAUGUCUCAGAGAAGAACCUGUCAGAGAUUGAGAAUGUCCAUGGAUUUGUUGCUCAUUCUCAUAUUUCACCAAUAAAGCCAACAGAAGCUGUUCCUCCCUCUUCUCCCACUGUCCCUGUGAUCCCUGUCCUGCCAGUCCCUGCUGAGAAUACUGUCAUCCCACCCACCAUACCACAGGCAAAUCCUCCUCCAGUACUGGUCAACACAGACAGUUUGGAAAUACCAACUUAUGUAAAUGGCACUGAUGCAGAUUAUGAAUAUGAAGAAAUCACACUUGAAAGGGGAAAUUCAGGGCUUGGUUUCAGCAUUGCAGGAGGUACGGACAACCCACACAUUGGAGAUGACUCAAGUAUUUUCAUUACCAAAAUUAUUGCAGGGGGAGCAGCUGCCCAAGAUGGAAGAUUGCGGGUCAAUGACUGUAUAUUGCGAGUAAAUGAAGUAGAUGUUCGUGAUGUAACACAUAGCAAAGCAGUUGAAGCAUUGAAAGAAGCAGGGUCUAUUGUACGCUUGUAUGUAAAAAGACGGAAACCAGUAUCAGAAAAAAUAAUGGAAAUAAAACUCAUUAAAGGUCCUAAAGGUCUUGGGUUCAGCAUUGCUGGAGGUGUUGGAAAUCAACAUAUUCCCGGGGAUAAUAGCAUCUAUGUAACCAAAAUAAUUGAAGGAGGUGCAGCACAUAAGGAUGGUAAACUUCAGAUUGGCGAUAAACUUCUAGCCGUGAAUAGUGUAUGUUUAGAAGAAGUUACUCAUGAAGAAGCAGUAACUGCCUUAAAGAACACAUCUGAUUUUGUUUAUUUGAAAGUGGCAAAACCCACAAGUAUGUAUAUGAAUGAUGGCUAUGCACCACCUGAUAUCACCAACUCUGCUUCUCAGCCUGUUGAUAACCAUGUUAGCCCAUCUUCCUACCUGGGACAGACACCAGCAUCACCAGCUAGAUACUCACCAGUUUCUAAAGCAGUGCUUGGAGACGAUGAAAUAACAAGGGAACCUAGAAAAGUUGUUCUUCAUCGUGGCUCAACAGGCCUUGGUUUCAACAUUGUAGGAGGUGAAGAUGGAGAAGGAAUAUUUAUUUCUUUUAUCUUGGCUGGAGGACCUGCUGAUCUAAGUGGAGAGCUCAGAAAAGGAGAUCGUAUUAUAUCGGUAAAUAGUGUUGACCUCAGAGCUGCCAGUCAUGAGCAGGCAGCAGCUGCAUUGAAAAAUGCCGGACAAGCUGUCACAAUUGUUGCACAAUAUCGACCUGAAGAAUACAGUCGUUUUGAAGCUAAAAUACAUGACUUACGGGAGCAGAUGAUGAACAGUAGCAUUAGUUCAGGGUCAGGUUCUCUUCGAACUAGCCAGAAGCGAUCCCUCUAUGUCAGAGCUCUUUUUGAUUAUGACAAGACUAAAGACAGUGGCCUUCCCAGUCAAGGAUUGAACUUCAAAUUUGGAGAUAUCCUCCAUGUUAUUAAUGCUUCUGAUGAUGAAUGGUGGCAAGCCAGGCAGGUUACACCAGAUGGUGAGAGUGAUGAAGUUGGAGUGAUUCCCAGUAAACGGAGGGUUGAGAAGAAAGAACGAGCCCGGUUAAAAACAGUGAAAUUCAAUUCUAAAACAAGAGGAGAUAAAGGGCAGUCAUUCAAUGACAAGCGUAAAAAGAACCUCUUUUCCCGAAAAUUCCCCUUCUACAAGAACAAGGACCAGAGUGAGCAGGAAACAAGUGAUGCUGACCAGCAUGUAACUUCUAAUGCCAGCGAUAGUGAAAGUAGUUACCGUGGUCAAGAAGAAUAUGUCUUGUCUUAUGAACCAGUGAACCAACAAGAAGUUAAUUAUACUCGGCCAGUAAUCAUAUUGGGACCUAUGAAAGACAGGAUAAAUGAUGACCUGAUCUCAGAAUUUCCUGACAAAUUUGGAUCCUGUGUUCCUCAUACAACUAGACCAAAACGAGAUUAUGAGGUAGAUGGGAGAGAUUAUCAUUUUGUGACUUCAAGAGAGCAGAUGGAAAAAGAUAUCCAGGAACACAAAUUCAUUGAAGCUGGCCAGUAUAACAAUCAUCUGUACGGAACAAGUGUUCAGUCUGUACGAGAAGUAGCAGAAAAGAGCAAACACUGUAUCCUUGAUGUGUCCGGAAAUGCCAUAAAGAGAUUACAGAUUGCACAGCUUUACCCAAUCUCCAUUUUUAUUAAACCCAAAUCCAUGGAAAAUAUCAUGGAAAUGAAUAAGCGUCUAACAGAAGAACAAGCCAGAAAAACAUUUGAGAGAGCCAUGAAACUGGAACAAGAGUUUACUGAACAUUUCACAGCUAUUGUACAAGGAGAUACGCUGGAAGACAUUUACAACCAAGUGAAGCAAAUCAUAGAAGAACAGUCUGGUCCUUACAUCUGGGUUCCAGCAAAAGAAAAAUUAUGAAGACUGAUGUUCUUCUAGUUCUCUUUUUCACAAUCCCAUUUUCAUUGAUCCUUCUUUGCCCUUUCUUUCUGGAGUCUGUUUUCAAUACUUCUUUCAUGUUGAAUCAUAUCCCACUCAUCAUGGUCCGCAGCUGCGCUUAUUUUUGACAUCUAGUGUCUCCUUCAAGUUGCAUCAUCUGUAUUAUGUCACUAUUGGUUCGUGGCCAUUGUUCAGAAUUGAAGACAGAAUGGCCCCACCAGCUAUUAAGGGUUUGGGGAAAUGCGGAAAUUGUGGUAAAAUUCCUUAAUGUUUAAGGGAAAGUAACUUUAAGAGAUUUUCAGAAAAGCUUUAUAUACAUUCUUUUCAAAUUUUAAUACAAAUGAAAGAAAAGUGGUUUUAAUCAGUGAUUUAGUAGCUUUGAGCAACUAUGCACGCUUAACUUUAAUAGCAUGGUUUGGCCAAUAUAUUAGCUCUCAAGUCCUUUUCUCAAUUGACUUCUGUUAUCAAAGCAAUUAUUUCAUUAUAGACAAAUAAGGAAAAUAUUUUUUUUAAUUUUGAAAUUAAUGUCUGAGUUAACUUUCAUAAUUUCACAGAGGAUAUUCAUUUUUCGUAACAAUUCUUCUAAAAGUCUUCUGUUAUUUGAGGGUUUUUUUUCCCCCCAGUACAUUUGCUAGGAAUAACAAUGUUCAAAUGUUUAUAAUCUACUUGUGCAACACUAUUCAUAGUGUCUUUAAAUAGUUUUUCGUACGUAAUGAUCAUCACAUUUUCUGAAUUGAGACCAUGUUUAGGUGCUAGGGGAGCUUGCCUUUUACACAGAAGGUUGAGAAAAUUUCAUGGACACAAAUACAAAACAGACAUUACAGUGGUGAUGUAGUAAUUAUUAUGGCAAUGGAAAGAGUCCAAUUCAUAGCCUAAAACUUUAAAUGUAUUCUUAGGAGUCAGAUUUUAAUGAAUAUUUUACCCACAAUAACUGCCUAUUUUGUUAUAAUAAAAUAUACAUAUAUAAAUAUAUAUAAAACUUUCUUUAACUGAACUCUGUAACUAUGGAAAUUAUUUUCUUUACAUAGUUGCAUACACACACAAACAUAUAUAUAUAUAUAUUUAAAAUAUAUUUUUUCUUUUGCCACCUACUCCUAACUUUUUGGUUUUUAAAUUAAAUAUUAAUUGAUUAGACUUACUUUCCUUAAUCAUGUGAACUGCAAAUGGGGUAUAUGGCGGUUGUGAGGAGAAACCUUUAGGGAAAUUAGGUUACAAGAAAAAGUAUGGGCAUGUUCUCCUCUUUUCUACAGAAGUUUUCAAAUGUUUCCUGGUUUUUUCAUCAUCGUUGUUCUUAUUGGGUUUGAUUUUGGUCCUCUGCCUUUCCUUCUCCUAGUUCUCCUUUCAUUAAUAGAAAGACAGGCAAAAGCCCCAUUUAUGUUUAAGUUUUCCCCUCAGAUACCUUUCAUCCACUGCUCUGCACUAAAGUUGCAAAGAUCUUCAUGGUGAGCAAUUUUAAGAAAUUUUAAUGAAAGGUAGAAAUGACUUCAGAAAUCACUUUCUCUGGUCCUUUAUAUUAAUAUUGUUUGGCUUCCCAUUGCUCUUUGGAGUUGUUUAUUAAAUAUGUGUUUUUGACAACCUCCUCAUUACAGUUUCUUAAACAAAUAAGUACUGGUUUGUAAAGAAUUAUCAACAUUAUCCAUUCCACUAUGAGAAAGAG